AUGUCAUUCCCAACUACAACACGAGCAUUCCGCCGCACAUCCGAUGGCAACAACAUCGAACUGGUUACUGAGUCUAUUCCUCAAAGCCUGCAGCCAACAGAAGUUCUCCUCAAGAUACACGCUGUAUCUCUAAAUUUCCGAGAUGUGGGCAUGCUGCACAAUCGCUAUCCACUCCCAGUGAUUCCACACGGAGUUCCUUGCUCAGAUGCUUCUGCUACAAUCAUCUCAACCGGCUCUUCGGUUACAGACUUUGCAGAAGGCGACUUUGUAGCUCCGACUUUCCGCGAGACAUGUUCAGGAGAGAUUAAAGCGCUUGGUGGAGAUGUGGAUGGAGUGUUGAGGGAUUAUGCCAUCUUUGAUCAGUGCGACAUCACCAAGAUCCCGAGCUAUUUGAGCCAUGAAGAAGCUUCGACGAUUCCUUGUGCUGGGGUUACUGCAUGGACGGCUUUGGAUUUCGACAAGAAGAAGCAGGGAGAGAGUGCAUUGAUGCAAGGUACUGGUGGUGUUAGCAUCUUUGCUACGCUGCUCUGUGUUGCUGCUGGAAUGGCUGCCAUCAUCACUUCUUCUUCGGAUGAGAAAUUGAAGAAGUGCAAAGAUUUGGGCCAAGGUGUGCAGAGUGUCAACUACAGGACACACGAGGCCUGGGAUGAAGAAGCAAAGAGAUUGACGCAAGGUAAGGGUGUUGAUGUUGUCAUCAAUAACGUCGGCAUCACUUCCAUGGAGCAAUGCUUCAACGCUUUGGCAAAAUAUGGCACCGUCUCCUUGGUCGGAUUCUUGGGCGGAGUUGGAGACGCAAAGAUGCCAGACUGCUUUACUCCCGUGUUGAUGAAGUCGGCGAGAGUACAGUGA